AUGGGGCUUCUCAGCUCAAAGCCGUGCUCAUUGCUUCCUGCCAAAGAGGCAUUUGAGCGCGAAAAGAAAAUCUAUGACAAAGCAGUCUUGUCGUUCGAGGGCGUCAACGGGUACGAUGUCUACAACUGCUCUAUUCCAUUCACCUACAAUGGCAAAACAUACAUCUUUGGCCGCGUAGAGAAGAAGGAUGAGUGGGCUCAGUCAAACACCAUACUAUUCGAAAAGGUAGGCGAGAAUCAUUACCGGCGACACGCGGCAUCUGUCACAUACAACUUGGAGGAUCCGUUUGUGGUGAAGAUCCAUGGUGAGAUGGUUUUUGGUGGCACGCAUGUCACAAAGAACGGCGGCAAGGUGGCCGAUUACCGGUGUGAGUUCUACCACGGCACACCUCUCCAUCUCAAGUACUUCUCUUCUGGUCCUUCAAAAAUGAAAGACAUUCGUCUGGUGGAGCUGGCCAACGGCAAGAUAGGCAUCUUUACGCAUUUUCGCACAGAGGGCUCAUGCUUGACUGGCUUUGCUACCAUUGACAAGAUUGAAGACCUCACAGUGGAGGCUAUCAACUCUGCAAAGCUGAUCAACCACCGUCCAUUUGGAGAUGCAUGGGGAGGCCCGAGUCAGGUGUACUUGCUUUCAUCUGGCUUGCUGGGAUGUAUUUCGCAUCAUGGCUACCUCCUCGAUCAGAAGGAUGUUCAGCUCCGGAUUUACGCUUGUACUUCCUUUGUGUUCGAUCCUACCACGUACGACGUGCAUAACUUCAAAGUCAUCGGAACCAAAGGGUGCUUCCCGCCGUGUGUACCAAAAGUACCGUCCUUGUCAGAUUGCGCUUUCGUGUCUGGGAUCGAAAUGCGCGAUGAUGGCAAGUGCAACCUGUACAGCGGCAUUGGGGACGUCGCCGAGGGGUGUGCAGUUAUUGACUACCCUUUUGAAGGAUACGGCAAGAUCGUAAGCGACGUCGCCUUCUAA